CCCUUUAAGACGGGAGUGAUCGCUCCGCUGGCGACCGUUCCGCGGUAUUAUCGAGCUCAAGACUACCAACACACAUGAGCUAGAUGGAAUUAUAACAAUGGAAUAUCACUGCGUUCUGUUUACUGUUUUGUUGCAGUUAAUCAUCCAACCAGCCAGGUCCAGGCCCACUAUCACCCCUGAAGGACCCCAGUUCACAGUACCACUGAACAGCGAGUUCAGCUUGCAUUGUCAGAGUAACAGUACAGUGCACUGGCUGCGAGAAGGCCGUUCCACACGGCUCUUUAAGGAACAAAGACAGGGUCAAGUGACAGUUCUUAAAGUGAGCAAAGCAGGCCCACAACACAUUGGCAAAUAUUCAUGCCUUGAAGAGUCUGGUGAAAAGAGCUCCAUCUAUGUGUUCGUAAAAGCAUUCCUCUCAGCAGAUCCUGAAAAUCCCUUCAGGAGGAGCAUCAUGUUUGACUUUGUCGCGGGAGAAGGAGAAACGACCACCAUCCCGUGCUUGGCCACAGACCCGCAUAUGACAGACUUGCACCUGCAAAAAUGUGACGGACAGCCUCUACCCAGCAGUCUGCGAUAUUCAUCCAGUAUUGAGACAGGCAUAACGCUGCAAGAUGUUAGGAAGGACUUUGAGGGAUGUUACAUUUGCGCCGGGAUUCUGGACGGCAACACGGUUAAAUCCGGACAAUAUCAACUCAAUGUUCGCCUCGUUCCAGGCGCACCUCCUGUGAUCUCACUGGGUCAGCCUCAGAAAGUGCUGCUCGUCCAGGGGGAAGAACUUUCCCUAUCCUGCAACACCUCAAAUGUCAACAGUGACAUCACGAUCAAGUGGAAGGCUCCACAAGGAGUGCAACCGUCAGUGCAGCAGUUCUCAAGUAUCCUGACCGAGCCCAUUUCUCACCUGAGGAACGCCACCCUAAAUCUGGGGUCUGUGACCAGGCAGGAUGCAGGGAAUUACAUCUGUGAGGCCAGGAAUGAAAGAGGAACCAGUGCAAAGACAGUCUGGGUUGAAAUCUAUGAUAAAGGCUUCAUUAACCUAACCAAUGUGAAUAACAGCACUAAAAGAGUGCGGGCUGGAGAAAGUCUGUCCCUGCGUGUGGUAAUGAAUGCUUACCCGAAACCUCAUACAUUUUCCUGGAGCUACAGUGGUGUGAAACUUACCAACACUACCGAUCAUGUCAUUACCAGUCGCUCACAUGGGAAUAGUUACAUCAGCGAGCUGAAGCUAGUGCGUCUCAAGGUGUUAGAAAGUGGCAUUUACAUCUUUUCAUGCUCAAACCGAGACGCAACUGUCCAUCAAACGUUCGAAGUCCAUGUCAUAAGUAAGCCACAGAUUGUAUCCUAUGAAGGGCCAACUGAUGGACAGGUGCGCUGUGUGGCUGAAGGUUACCCCACUCCCCAGAUCAAGUGGUAUUACUGCGACCAGCCCCAUUCAAGAUGCUCCAAUUUGCUGAAUGCCACUCAAGAGGAGGAGGAUGUUGUCACUAUAACCAUGACUAAUCCUCCCUUUGGGAAAGGCACCGUGGACAGCCGUAUAAACAUCACCAAGAACACUUACGCCACCCUUGAAUGCGUGGCGUCUGCCAAUGGAGAAAUCGUGUACACUCUCUUCUCUAUCAGUGAGAGCACUGUUCCUCAUGAACUCUUUACACCAUUGCUCAUCGGUUUUGUUGCUGCAGCUGUUAUCCUGGUUCUCAUCCUGAUUGUACUGACCUACAAGUACAUGCAGAAACCUAAAUAUCAAAUACAGUGGAAAGUCAUAGAAGGUAUCCAUGGAAAUAGCUAUGUGUAUAUUGACCCCACUCAGCUUCCAUACGACCACCAGUGGGAGUUUCCCAGAGACAAGCUGCGUUUUGGAAAAACUCUCGGAUCUGGAGCAUUUGGGAAGGUGGUGGAGGCCACUACUUAUGGGAUGUCCAAAGCAGACACUGUGAUGACCGUAGCUGUAAAGAUGCUCAAACCAAGUGCCCAUGCCACUGAGAAAGAGGCUCUGAUGUCAGAACUAAAGGUGCUUAGUUAUCUUGGCAACCAUAUUAACAUUGUCAACCUGCUUGGGGCCUGCACUAUUGGAGGUCCAACUCUAGUUAUAACGGAGUACUGCUGUUUUGGUGACCUGUUGAACUUCCUGCGCAGAAGGAGAGAAUCCUUCUACUUCACUACACUGGGAGAAGACUCUUACUAUAGAAACGUCACACUGCAGCCAGAGCCAAAUGAGAGCAGAAAUGGAUACAUGACCAUGAAGCCCUCUGUAAUGGGACUUUUGUCUUCAGAAAACCGAAGAUCACUUAAUAAAGGUGAUUCAUACAGCGAUUCAGAUGCGGUUAGCGAGAUUCUGCAGGAAGAUGGCAUGACUCUAGACACUGAGGAUCUUCUUAGCUUCUCCUACCAAGUAGCCAAAGGGAUGGAUUUCCUGGCAUCCAAGAACUGCAUUCACAGAGACCUGGCAGCCAGAAACAUUCUCCUCACCCAAGGCCGAGUGGCCAAGAUCUGUGACUUUGGACUAGCCCGGGACAUCACCACUGACUCAAACUAUGUUGUUAAGGGCAAUGCUCGUCUCCCUGUGAAGUGGAUGUCCCCUGAGAGCAUCUUUGAGUGUGUGUAUACCUUUGAGAGUGAUGUCUGGUCUUAUGGUAUCCUGCUGUGGGAGAUCUUCUCUCUCGGGAGUAGUCCUUACCCGGGUAUGCCUGUGGACUCUAAAUUCUAUAAGAUGAUCAAGGAAGGAUACCGAAUGGAUUCACCAGAGUUCGCCCCAAGUGAAAUGUACGAGAUCAUGCACUCAUGCUGGGAUGCUGACCCUUUCAAGAGACCUUCAUUUAGCAAGAUAGUGGAGAAAAUCGAACAGCAAAUCUCAGACAGCACCAAACACAUUUACUUAAACUUCAGCUCCAGGUUGCCUGCGGCACCAGGGUCCCGUGAGGAGUCCAGUUCUCACGUCCAGCGGCUAAACUCAGUCGGCAGUCACAGCACCACCACCCAGCCACUGCUCUCCAGCAACGAUGUCUUCUUGGAAAGCACACGUCACCCUCCAGUCUGAAGAUCCAAUUCUAAGCAAAAUCCAGGCGUUCUGGCAGAUGCCAUUCAUCUCUCUUUGCCCUGGCUAAGCAUCAUUGUAGCUUUGAGAACUUUUGAGGAUCCAAGAGCAGUCAUAUUCUUUUUUUCAUUCACCUUUCUCGCAGAUUGUGUAUAUAAGCCCCUCCCUUGCCAGAAAGGACAGUAAUGGUGUGCGUUCCUAUCAGCAUUUCAUAUAUUCUCUGGAAUUGUGGGACAUUUUGAGAAAGCUAAUAAUCAAUGCUGGUAUCAAUUCAUGGUACAACGUGAGUCUGCAAGAGGACUUGAGAACUUGUUUUCUAUAAAAAUCCCUUUGCUUUAUUAUAUGGGAUAUAUAAACACAAUUAUCCUUCUUUUGCUAACUGUCUAAUACGUCUUUACAAGUGACAGUGAAAACAAUGGAAAUUAGACUUUCCCAGUUUGACAUGAUUGUCAUGAGUAAAAUAGCUUGGCGUGAACGCAAACCGGUUAUUUUCCUAUCAACUAUUUUGCAGGUCAUUCCACUCAAAUAUUAACCACAAAAAAGGUUACACUGUUUGGAAACUAUAUGUAUAAGCAGCAAUAACUCAGCAUUGUAACAAUGACAGAUUGAUCGUGUUGCUGCGCAAGCCAAAAACAAGCUACUUAUUGCAUGUUCGAGAUAGUAUUUUCAGUCGGCAGCUGAAACUGUUUUACGUUUGAAUAUCCCAAGUUAAGGCGCAUUUCAGUUCACUGUCAGGAAAGGUGUUGAGACACGUAGAAGCAAUCCAUCACAGUUCAUCGUUUACUUUAUACACUCAGUGAAAUUUUGGUUCCAUAGCAGUAUUAUAUUAUUGGCUUGUGUUGUGUUUUUCCUUUCAGCCAGGAAGUGUAAUUUGGGACAGCGGAAUGAUCCAGUCAAGCUGUAAUUUAAUCUUGAGGCAUCAAACUUUUAGACAGUGCUUCUUUUAGGCAUCACAAUAGACAGUUUCUUCCACGUGUUUUAAGGAAAAUGCUUAUUUGUACGGCACAGACGUAGCUUGUUUCAACACAUUCGCUUCUUCGAGUAGUUUUACGCAUGAUGUGAUUCCGUAAUGGUGGAGUGUAGAAGAUCAGUAGCUUCUGUAGCAUCGGUUCUGUUCUGACUCCACGUUUUAUCCUUCGUGAGACCGGAAGACAUAGCAAGUAAUGUUCUUUUGUACAUUGUAAAUGUUUUCUCGUGUCCAAUUUUGUGCAUAAUUUUGUGUGUCGUCGCUCUGCUUUCUCGUGUUUCCUACAGACUUGACUCAGUUACUCUGACUUCUACUUACCACACCAACUGUUGUGCCUGAAAUGUUUUCUCUGCUCUUUAGCCAAUGAGAAUCGUGCUGUUGAAGAUUGAGCCAAUAGGAAGCUGCCGCUGCUGUGUAGAAAUGGGUGCCAAUGGCUUCUUGCUCUCUGUAGGAGUGGCCAAUGAAGGAUCUGCCAAUAGAAGGGUAGCUUUCAGAUGGAGGACAAAAAGAGUGGCUUUCUGUUACUUAGAUGAGCCAAUUGGAUUCUCAUUCCACUGCCAAAGGGAAAAGGGCAGGGUAUUGGAUUGAAUACGAGCUACGUACCGAAUGUUUCAAUCGACACCAUCCGCAGAACCCUGAGCUGUCCAAACAUCAGUAGUCCGGGCACUCAGUCAGUAGCUCAUUUCCCAGGUCUCCCUCUGUUCUUUGUGUCCAGCUGCUUCCUCCGGCGGAUGUGUCACUUCCACAAAGUCUCAGCCGGGGAGAUACAACUCAGCCCGUCUCCCAUCUACACACCCCACCCCCCCCCAUUCCUUCUUUGCCACACUGGAACAUUGUUCCUGAUGGCACUGGCUUUUGCUUCCAUUUGCGCUAAUGUGUGUCUGCGGGAGCGUGUACGGAUGUGUAAAUGCAGGUCAUUUGCUGUUAAAAUACCAGAGCACUGAUGGGUUCCUCUAGUAGAACGAUUGUACUUAAUGAACUUCAGAUUGUAGUGCUGAAGCAAUUGGUGUUCAGGCGCUACGUACAUACCAUCACUGUUUGCUCUUUUCUCUUAUAUAUGUACAUAAUAUAUAUAUAUAUAUAUAUAUGUAAAUCAUAAUGUUGCUUCUUGUUUUGUUAUCACGGUACGUUCUCUCAUGUGCUGGAAAGAUUUUUGUAUGUUACGAGUUUGUCGUUUCCAGUUUAUGUAACUUGAUCAUCUUCUGUUGUUAUUUUGCCUCUUGAUUCAUUUAUUCAUAAGUGCAGUUUUCAGAGACACACCAGGUACAGUUUGAUGUAUAUUUAAUCCAUUUACAUUAUAUUCAGCAUUGCUUGUCGUUUCAGUAUUUUCAGUGAUUGUAUGACCGAUGACUGGAGGAACAUAUACGUGAAAACUAAACACAGAGGGUCCAGGAAUUCCAUUUGUGGCUUCAUGGUCACUAUACAGUUCUCAUACACGUUUUUAAGUGAUUGAAAGGUCUCUUGCCCCUGAAAAUAUUGUUGUUUAAUGUAUUUUAUUGUAUAUUUAUUUUACAGUUUUUAUUUUGAAGACAAAUGUGCAAAUUCUGUGUGUAGCUCUUGUUACUUAUGUAAAUAAAUAACUGA